AUGGCCAAUGUGCAAUUGAAAACGGUUGUCGAUCAAAUAAAUGCAUUAUUGAAUAAAAAUUACAAUGUCAUUUCAUUCGAUUCUUUGACCGAAGAAAAGUUAUUGCAGGUUGUCACUGAUGUCUUGGGUGAAAUUGAUCCAACAAAUAAAGUUGAUAUUCAACAUGAAGAAUUAGAUGAAACUGCUGUGAGAAUAUUGGAAAUGUUAAGAAUUUUAAAUUAUAAACUAAAACCUGGAAUGUCUGUAUCGACUUUUCGUCAAGGUUUGGUUCAAGGAAACAAAAAUGUCAUUCAUCCGAUAUUAGAGUGGCUUUUAGCUAACAUCAGCGAUCUUAAAAAGAGAUCAUACUUGGCACAGUAUUUAGUAAAACUUGAAAUUCCACCUGAAAUGCUAUCAGAUCCUGAAAUUGGUUAUUUGUACGAGCAGUAUGAAUUAAACAUUGAAGACUUUAAAGAUAUUCAUAAGAAAUAUGAGGCUUUAAAAACCAGUGGUAUGUCAAUAAAUGAACUCAGAACUGAUAUUUCUGCAAUGGAAAAAGAAAAAGACAUUGUACAGAAAAAAAUUGAAAAAUUACACCAGAGGGUUGACAAUAUAUCUGGUAAAAUUGCUUUGCUUCAUUCUGCAAAAAUAUUAAGAGAAGAAAAGGAAAAGGAAAAAGAAUUAUCAUCUCAAGCUGAACAACAACAAUCGCAAUUAUUGAUGAAUGAUCAGAAAAUGAGAAGGCUUCAAAUUCAAUUAAAAGAACUUAAACAAGCAUCUUUGGGUGCCACUUCUGAAAGGUUACUGAAGAAAUUGGAAGAAGAUUGCAGUGUUAAUAACUACAUGGCAAAACAAAAACUUCCACAAGAAAUCAAUAAUCGCCGAACGGAAGUAAAAAUUUUAGAAAGUGUUUUAAGGGAACCCAAUAUCACUCAUGCAGAUCUUGAAGAUUUAAGUGCUCAGAUUCAACAAAUAACAUUGGAAAUAAAUGAAAUGGUCGAACGACAUCUUGCAACUCAGAAUUUAAGCGAAGAUAAAAAUGCACCUUUUAGACAACAAGCCAGCAUAAUAGCUAAGAAAAAAGAAAACAAAGCGGAAAAUUUAAACGAUUUGAAAAACGUACUUGCAAAUUUGGAAGAAGAACUCGAAGAAAAAUUAAAUAAAUUAAAAGAAUUAGCCGGCGACACGGUUUUAAAAGGUGAAGAAUUUAAAAAAUACGUUGAUAGAUUGAAAGGGAGAACGGUUGUGUACAAACAAAAAAGAGCCGAAUUACUCGCUCUCAAAUCCGAACAUGGAAUUUUAAGUAGAACGUUAGAAAUAUUAUCGUCGAAAGAAGAAGAAAUUUUGAAAGCUUUGCAUCAAGAAGAAUCCUUACACGGAUUGUUCGGUUACCGAGAUACGGUCGACACAUUGGAAAAAGUUUCUGAAGAAACAUCGGAUAUGGAUACCGCAAAGGGAAAAACCUUGGAAGAAAUGUCGGUGUUGGUUCAACAGAUAUCCCGUAGAAUUUCGGCAAAAAAAAAUCAAUUGUCGCCAUUGAUAGCCGAAUUGCGACCCCUUCGAGAGGAAUUCAAUGAGUUGAAUGAAGAAUACGAGCAAAAGAAAAAAAUUUACGAUUCGACGGCGUCUGCUUUGGACAACACAACUCAUCUAUUGGAAGAGGAAGUUAAUAAUCUCAAAAUGGAUAUUGAAAAUUACGAGAAAGAAAUAAAAAUAUUAGAAGGAGAAAAUAACAGAGCCAAAGAAUACUCGGUGAAAAUUUUGGACGAAUUGAAAUAUUACGUUUCGAAUAAUCCGGAAAGCAAAAAACAAUCAUUCAGAGCUCAAUUGAAUCAAAAAAUCAGCGAACAAGAAAAAUUAGGGAAACAAUUACGGGAAGAGCAAAAAUUAGUAAAGGAUAAUCAAGUCAAAAAAGCAUUACAAGUUCAAUAUUGGAAAGAUUUAGAAAGUUUGUGGGAAGGUAAAAAAAAAGGUUUUGAAAAAAGUAAAAAAAAUUCCGGAGUCGGGAAAAAAAAAAAAGGAGCAAAAACUCUUAUUUUAUCCCAAGGAAUUCUUUCACAAAGUUAG